AUGGCAAGCGAACGAGUCAAGUUCUACGAUCUCGUGGUCGAGCCGGGGCGCACAUUCUACUCUGCAAACACAUGGAAGACUCGCUUGUCGCUACUUCACAAAAAUGUCCCGUUCGAUGUGAUUGAAGUGACCCCCAUGAUGCUCCAAAGCGACGAGUUCAGGCAACGGACAGGCUCAGCAAGGCCGUUAGUGCCCAUGGUCGAGUUCGCGCGUGACGACAUGGUCUUCAAUAGCUUCGUCAUCGCGGACCGACUCGAGCGAGACUAUGCAGAUUCAAGCUCGCUGUACAUACCAGAACAGGAUACAUCAGACUGUCAUCCCGCCGCGUACGCAAGCGCGCGUGCUGCUGCAAGAGUCUUCGAACGAGGACUUGGAGACUCGGAUCCAGGGUGGUCGACGUUCUUCGAGCUCAUCUAUACAGAUUUGGCCAGAGCGUACAAACAUCUGCCGGUCGACUAUGAAUACGUGACUUCCGAUCGCAAGCUCGGGUUCGCCAACGCGCAUGCCAAGCUUUCAGCGCUCAAUAUGAACGAAUUGAUCGAACGAGCGAGAAUGUCACUCUUGCCCUUUGAAGCGCUUUUGACCGACAACUUGCCCAAUGGCGGCAAAGCGUCUUUUAUUACUUCGCCAACAAAGGCCGGCUUCACAGACUAUGUCCUGUUCGGCAGGUAUAUGAUGGUUGCUACCCUCAAUGCCGACAAAGCCGAAUUAGUCUUCAGCGCCCAUCCCGCCGUCUCUGAUUGGGUAGAACGCAUGCUUGACCUAUAUGAUGGUCACGCCAAACACAUUCUGGACACUCGCAAGUAA